AGGCAGCAGCAGCAGCAGCUGAAGCAAAGCAGCAUUCGCAGGCAGAAAACGUCGCGACGCGCAUAGAGGAAACUUUUUCAAAUAUAACCAAAGAAAUUUGUUUGUUUUGAUUCAGUCGUUGCGGGUUUUUUAAGGCGAGCAGUCACAGCCAGAAGCGAGCCAAAAAACAGUCGAAACCAAAACUAAAAUCGAGUCGAAAAUUGUGUUGAGUUUAAAUAAAUAAACUGAAACAAAUAUAAUUUUGUAAAUAUUAAAAUAUUUGGCCAAGUGCCCAAAAUCUUUAAAACUAACAUCAACAACCCCAAAAAAAAAAAAAAAACGUAAACUAAAUAGAAAAACUUAAAAAAGCAAACAAUACUUCAAGAAUUCUUUUUUUUUAGUUUUUUUGUUUUUAAGUAAGUUUUUUUUUGGAAUUUUUCUUCAGUGCCAAAGUGAAUGAGAAAAGUGAUUUUGCGGCAAUUUGGCGGAGCAAAACAGGACGUUCAGAAUCUGCUGGGGCCAAGGACGCUGGAGCGCAGUGAGUGAAUACGAAACGGAGGACGAGUAAAAGACCAUCAGAGGAAAAAGAUGAAAGCAGCUGUGCCAAAUUCAAUGAAUGCAACUUCAACGGAGCAGCAACCACAUGAACACGAACAUCAACAUCAACAUCAACAAUAACAAGAACAAGCAUAAGCCACCACAGUUGAGCGAGCACUAAAAAAUCAACGAGCAGCAGCAGCAGCAAACGGACAGCGGACAUUCCAAGCAACAAGCAAAAAUAAAAAAAAACAAAAGGAAAGGAAAAGGAAAGGAAAACAACAAAAAGAGAGAUAGAGCGAAGAAAACUCGAUUCGCCUCGCUUCGCUUCGCUUUGCUUGUGGCAACAUGUGUUGAUACCGAUCCGAUGUCUGUUAAUUGAACUGCAGGAAAUGUCAACGGCAGUCACGAAAACAUUGACCGCCGCCGCAGCCGCUGCCGCUGCCAUUGCGAUGGCCACCGGCAUGGAUAAUAAUACGCUCUAUUCCUACGAUAUCGGCACCGCCAAAGACGUGCUCUAUCCAGCGCAUGGCGGAGCCGCCACAUCGAUGCCCAGCACCACAGCAGCAGCAUCCGGUGUGGCAAACACCACAUCGAGCAUCGCAUCCGCAUCCGUUUCCCUCUCCCUAUCCGCCUCAGCAGCCGUUGCGGCAACAGCAACCGCUGCUGCAGCAGCGGCAGCAGCAGCUGCAACCAGCACUGUGGAGCGUGUGCCCGGCUUAAUGGACGCCGCCUCGGCAGCGGUCAGUCUAAAUGAGACGCGGUUUCUGCUCGUCGAUUAUGCGACGAGCAUGAACGACAGUCUCGAUGACGCCUCGUAUCAACAGCAUUUGAGCGCCAGCGCAUGCCGCUCCAUGGAUGGGAAUAACAGCUAUUGGAAUAUCACUUGCGACUCGCCGUUGGGCUACGCUUUGCCGCUGUACGGCUACUGUAUGCCCUUCCUGCUUAUCAUGACCAUCAUCUCGAACUCGCUUAUUGUGCUGGUGCUCAGCAAGAAGAGCAUGGCCACGCCCACCAAUUUUGUUCUAAUGGGCAUGGCCAUAUGCGAUAUGCUGACGGUUGUUUUCCCCGCCCCCGGCCUCUGGUAUAUGUACACAUUCGGCAAUCAUUAUAAGCCGAUGCAUCCGGUCUCAUUUUGUCUGGCCUACAGCAUUUUCAAUGAGAUGAUGCCUGCCAUGUGCCACACCAUCUCUGUCUGGCUGACUUUGGCUCUUGCCGUGCAAAGAUACAUCUACGUUUGCCACGCUCCGAUGGCUCGCACCUGGUGCACAAUGCCGCGCGUGAAGCGCUGCACCUUCUACAUCGCAUUGCUGGCGUUUCUGCACCAGCUGCCGCGCUUCUUCGAUCGCACCUACCUGCCCAUGGACAUCGAGUGGAACGGCAACUUGACCGAAGUGUGCCACGUGGAGACAUCGCUGUGGGUGCAUGAAUACAUCGGCGUUGAUCUCUACUAUACCAGCUACUAUCUGUUUCGUGUGCUCUUCGUCCACUUUCUGCCCUGCAUCAUCCUGGUGACGCUGAACAUUCUGCUGUUUGCGGCACUGCGGCAGGCACAGGAGCGACGCAAGUUGUUGUUUCGCGAGAAUCGCAAGAAGGAGUGCAAGAAAUUGCGUGACUCCAAUUGCACCACUCUAAUGUUAAUUGUGGUUGUCACUGUGUUUCUUAUUGCUGAAAUACCGAUUGCUGUGGUCACCUCCAUGCACAUUGUUAGCUCGCUGAUUAUUGAGUUUCUUGAUUAUGGUAUUGCCAACAUAUUCAUCAUGCUAACGAAUUUCUUUCUUGUGCUGAGCUACCCCAUCAACUUUGGCAUCUAUUGCGGCAUGUCGCGACAGUUUCGCGAGACCUUCAAGGAGAUAUUCAUGGGUCGGAUGGCGGGAAAGAAGGACAGCUCGUCAAAGUACUCGAUGGUGAAUGGACAGCGCACAUGCACCAACACCAACGAGACUGUCCUCUAGUAAUUGGUGAUGUUGGUGCCGCGGCGCGGCAGCAGCGAUCAUCAUCGCAGCCAGGCCGUUUGCACAGCCGUUGCCGAUGGCACGGCGCCGCAGCAUCAGCAUCAUCAUCAGCAUCAGCAUCUACAUCUGCAUCAUCAUCAGCAACAGCGACGCACCAGCAACAUGGAAAUAAUUGCCGAGGAGCGCAACGUCUAAGGUUUCCGCUCUCCCUCUCCCUCUCUUUCCCUCUCUCUGUCUUUUGGUUUCAAACCAUCACCCAAAGAAAUAAAAUAGUAAACAAACGAAACAGAAUUGAGCGGAUAUUGAGUGUGGCAUGCAUAAAGCGAUUUAUUCGUGCCAAUUUGUUAUAGAAUCGAUAACAGAAAGACUGCAUUUUUUUUGUGUGUGAUCGUCGAAGAUGGGGAAAGCAAAGCUUGUGAAAUUACCUUCUCUGCUUCUUGCGUCACAAAUCAAAUCGAAACCCAAACCGAACUGAAAAGCAGCUGUUGCUGGGAAGGAAAUUAGUAACUUGAAUCAACUGUCGAUUAAACAAGAUUAAAUCGUUAAUACCUUAAUAGCAGUUCAUUGGCACAGCGUUCAACAAAUAUUGCAUCAACAUUCAAUACAAAAUACACAGGAUUCGAAAGAAAGAGUAAAAAAUAAAUAAAUAACCAACAAAAUACAUAACACAACAAUUCAAUGUUAAAUGUUUGUUCCAGUUCACUGAUUAACAAAAAUGUUUAAACAAGAGAAAACAAUUGAAUUUAAUAUGUUUUAUGUACGUUUUGUGUGUCUAUGAGUGUGAAAUAUAACUAAUAUAGUCACAACAACUAAAUACUACUAACUACUACAAUAAACGAGAACAACUACAAUUAGUUAUGAUAAUGAUUAGGAAAUAAAAAAAGGUGAUUUUCACAGUCACUCCCUUGAAAACAAAAUAACAUCAAUCGAGUUCAGAAAAUUGUCAGUUGAAUACAUGUGUUUCUGAAUAGUUUUAGAUCUUGCAAAACAAACAAAAAUGUAUAUGUAACAUAUAGUUAAUAUGUGUAUUUAAUAGAUGUAAAAAACAAAUGCAAAAAUCAAUGUAAUAAAUGUAUUAAUUAUAAAAAAUAAUAAUUACAGGAACUGUGUGCAUAGUUGUUGAAGAUACAACUGACCUAUGCAGAAAUUUAGUAGAUAUAAAGUAUUUAAACUUGAACUUCUAACACACAAACACAAACACAAAAGGAAA